AUGGGCAGUUUAAUGGAGGCAUGCUGCACUGGGUUCAUUUGCAGACUGUGUUCAAAGAUGAAUCGGAUGGUGAUUUUUAUUUAUGGUGCGGAUGGUCUCGAGUACAACUUGCUGCAGAAAAUUAACAACUAUCUUCCAAUAGAGAUCAACGAAGAAGACGAACUACCGAAAACGAUCUGUGAAGCCUGUUUGGAGAAAAUUUUGCUCCAUCAUCGGUUGAUCGAACAGAUACAGUCCGCACAGAAACGGUUCGUGAAACUGCGCGAUGAAGAUCAGGCCCGAAAUGCUACCGCAGCAGAGUCAGCGGCAAGCUCGAGAACAUUGUCCGCCGAAUCCACAGCCAGCUCCCGAACCAUGUCGGUUGAUUCCACCGAUGCUGUGGAAGAGCCGGCAGAAAGGAUACAAGAAACUGAGCCAAACAACACAGAAUCAGCGGAACACAGUGCCGCAGCCGAAACGGCAAACGCGCGGGUACAGGACGAUAUUCCGACCAACGAAAGUGUAAGCCAAGAUUCGCAAGAAGCUACAAGCAGCAGCUCAACGGAUGCAGCAGCAGCGGGAGAAUCCAGCACUAAUCGAGAACAAAGCGAACCAGGGUCAUCGGCUCCAAAGCCACCACCGAAUCGCUUGAAACGCAAACAGCCCAACCCGUCACAUUCGUCUAAAGUGGCUAGGAAACGGUUAGGUUAG